AUGAGCCCUUUCGGAGAUCAGGAUCAAUACCUCCUCAUGUCAGGCAUCCUGUCUGACUGCAUGGUCAUCUGCGGAGACAAGUCUUGGAACCUCCACAAGACAAUCCUCUGCACGCGCUCCUCCUAUUUCAAGUCUGUUCUCUUGAACAACUGGCCAGAGGCGAAGAUCAGCAAGGUCGAGAUCACAGAGUACACGGCUGAUGAGAUUGACCAGCUCAUCAGGUUCAUCUACCUGGGCAAGGUGAACUUCCAGCCCUUCGAAAAGGCCCACACCAUCCUGCACAACUGCGCUCGCCUCUGGAUCCUGGGCGACUACUUCAACGUCCAGGCCCUCUGCGACGAGGUCAUGGACUACCUCACCAACAAAGUGGUCCCGCGCAACGGCCGCCUCGCGGAGGCCCAGGGCUUCUCCCUCAACCCCCAGGACUGGCUUGACGCUGGCCGGUGUAUCUACACUGAGUAUGAGAAGAAGCAUAAGCUGAAGGACGCCUUCCUGGCUAUCACCCUGGACAAGAUCUUCGUCCGCAAGCAGGCGAUCAACAUGCGCGAGUACAAGACUCUUUGCAGGGAGUACAACCAGUUCGGCACUGAUGCCAUGCUCAAGCUGAUUAAGGACGGCACUACGAGGCUUCAGUGA